CCCCCCCUCCCCCCGCCCAUUCCCUCCCUCCUCCCCUGUUUGGCGGGCCUGACAACGCCUGCGACCUGGUGCAGCCGUCGCCGGCAGGUGGCCCCCAGCCCCGCUCCCCCCUCUCGCCGCAAUAUGACGCAGGUUGUCGGAACCCGGUGGUCCAAGCGGUCCACCAUUCUCGGCCACCUGGACAGUAUCUCCGGCAUCCGGUAUUCACCCUGCGGGACCUGGCUGGCCACCUGUGGCAUCGACGCCACCAUUCGCAUCCAUGAGGCUCGCUCUGGCAACCUGAUUACCAUCCUUCACCACUCAUCGCCGGUGACCCACAUCGACUGGUGCCCCACCGGCGAGUGGCUUGCCACCACCGGCACCGACGCGACGCUGCUCGUUUGGGGCGUUCGCAAGGGGGCACCCGCCAAGAAUGGCUCCAUUCCGGUGUCCUUCCACAAGCGCUUCUAUGCCACCUACACCUCGCCCAUCCUCUGUUGCGGGUUCUCCUCCGAUGGGGCAUAUCUGUGGUUCGGCACCGGCCAGGGGGACCUGGUCAUCCUCGGCACCCCGGGGCAUGAAACCCCGGUUUCCAGCAGCAAGUCCAUGUCCUCGGCCUCGGCCUCGUCUCCGGCCGCCAGCCGGGCUCUCUUCUUCGAGGUGGGCAUCCUCUCGGACUUCGGCACCAUGGCCAUCGUCCAUGCGAACUUGGCCUCCGGAAACCGGUGGCUGGCCGUCGUGUCUGGGAACCUGCAUUCGGUCCCGGAACCCGGGCCGGCUGGUGCCCUCGUUGCCCCGACCGCCUCCAGCGAUGUCUUUGUGUACGACAUGUUCGAUCCAGACAGCGACAUCCAUCGGCUGUCCUUCGGGCACAUCCUGGUGUCAUGCGUCCAGUUCAACCAUCAGGGUAAUAUCCUGGCCCUGGCCUGCUCCGAUGGCAGUCUCUCGCUUUGGAUCUUCCGCGCGGCCGCUUGGGUUCGCAUUGUGCAGCUCAUCGUGCCGACCUCCUCCAACCCCGACGUGUCGGCCUCCACCUACAGCGGCACCCUGACGUCACUCUGCUGGUCGGCCGACGACACGCUCCUGGUGGCCGGCAGUUCCUCCGGCGGGGCCUGGGUUUGGUCCAUCGAGGCCGGCCAGGUCCUCAACUAUGUGGAACCCUCGCACCAGGACCCGCUUUCCUGGAUCCCCAUCAAUGCUCCGAUUGCCCAUGUCAACUACCAUCCCCGGCACAAUGUCGUGUCGCUGGCCCUGGCCAACCAGCCCAUGGUGGAGAUCUGGUCCGUGGCCGCCGGCAUCGCCACCACGGUCAAUGACUACCUGAAUGAGCAGCUUCGCAAUCGGGAAAAGUCCAUGGCUCGGGCUCUCAACUUGCAGCAGGAACAGCGCGUCAUCAUGUCCGGCUCGCUGCGCCAUGUGGUCGACCACAUGUCCGGCUCGCCGACCAGCUCCAUCGGCAACAGCGGCACCGGCGGCCGGCGGCCCUCCUUCAAUGCCUUCGAUGAGACCCUCCUCCGGCGCUUCGGCACUCCCCCCACCCCGGGCAGUGAGCUUCCCUUUUCGGAUCCCCCGGCUCCGCUGAUCUACGCCGACCAGCCCCUCGGUCCCUCCAUCGGCCAAUAUGGCUCGGUGGCUCCGCCCAAUCCGUCAUCCUUCACGGCCGAUGCCCCGCUCUCCUCGCGGCAGAUCCUCCCGAUCACCCGCAUUUCGGCCAGCACCCCGGUGGAGUCCGGCUCGCCGGCGCCCGACCUCGGUCCCGAGCACGGCCCCGAUGGCAAUGCCCCGGCCCCGGUGCGCAUUCGCCUGAGCGUCGGCCAGCCAUUUGACCCCGACCCGCCGGGCCCAGUGGCCGACCAUGCAGCGCAUGGGCUGCCGGACACGGCCGGUCCGCCCGGCUGCCUGUCCCCGGCUGCCACCGACCCCCAGGACCCGGCUGCGGCUCCCUCCGGCACCGGUGCCGGCGAGGAUGGCCCAGUUGGCUCGCCGAGCUCCGGCUCCAUCUUCAAUGAUCCCGGCAAUGACAUCACCAUUUCCCUGUCCACCGAGGGCACGGACAACUUGGACAUUCGCGUGUCCAAGCGCACUGCCGCCACCUGCUCCCCGGUGGUCGCCUCGUCGGCUGCAGCCACGGCCUCCGCCUCGUCCUCCCCUCCGGCCACCGGUGCCGGGGCGGCUGGCAUGGAUUUCAUGCGCUCCGCUCGGCGCCUGGCUUCGACCAUGACCAACCAGCUGGGCGCGGCUGUGGUCCAGGAAUUUCCCCACCCCUGCCUGAGUGGACGUCGUGCGGAGCUGGCCCGCCUCGCGCAGAGCGCCCAGGUGGAUGCCCAGUGCCUGGUGGAGACCCUGACGCACUUGGAGGCGGUCUUUGACAAGCAGGCGACCACCGCCGCGCGCGAGCGUGACAUUGCGCGGAAGAUUUCCCAGCUCCAGGAGGAGGCCCGGCUGCUGGCGCGCCAGCAGCGCGAAACCCGCAAGCUUGUGGCCAACCUCCGGUCCGAGGUGCACACGGUGGAGCGCCGCCUGGCUCGGACCCAAAAGCGCCAUGUGACCCUUCGGGCCACGGUCAACGGCCCGACCGAGAGCAUCCUCGGCAUUGCCCACGCCUCUUCCUCCUCGUCGACUCCGUCAUCGACCGCGGAGGAGGCCGGCGGCGGCCCGUCCAAGGGAUCGGCCGGCCAGAUGGGCCUGGCCCCGGCCGGCAUGGCUGCCCUGGCCGUGGACGACAUGCUUGUCUGGCUGGAGGACUGCGGCCUGGAGCGCCCGCUGGACAUCCACCAGCAGCUCAUCCGCGGGGGGCUAAUCGACGGGUCGGACCUGCUGGCCCUGUCGCUGGAGGAGCUCACCCGGGCCCCGUACCACCUGUCGGUCAGCGACGCCACGACCAUCCUCUUCUUCGCCCUGAUGGCCGAAUGCCGACUUGCCUUCCCCCAUGGGCGUGUGAUCGCCAUGCCGGUGGGCCCGCCGGCCAUGGCGGCCACCACGGCCUCGACCGCCGGGACCGGUGACGUUUCCGCCUCGCCGGACCUCGGCCAGCUUCACAGUGCCCUGUCGGCCGGGCCACUUGGUGACAGUGCUCCGGCUACGCCGGUCUCCGGCGCGGCCCACGGGCCCGGCCGCGCGCCCGGGGGCCCUGGCAGUCUGAUGCUUGUGUGGACCUCGCGCGAGGUGGCGGCCUGGCUGGAAUCCGUCGGGCUCGCGCCAUUGACCGGGCGCUUCCAGUCGUCCCGCAUCAAUGGCGUCAGCAUGCUGGCCCUCAGCGCCCUGACGGACCAGUCGCUCUCGUACGACAUCCGAGUGCGACUGCCCUACGAGCGCUUCUGCUCGGUGGCCGGGUCCUCCAAGCACUUCCGGCCCUUCUGCCUGGCGGUGCGCGAACUGGUCAACAUGCAGGUGGACCAGGGCGGUGCUCCCCGGUGGCUGUCCCUCUGGACCCCGAGUCGAUCGGUGGCGGAGCAGCGCCCAUUGGUGCUGGAAUCACUGCUGGACGCCACUCCCCAGGGUCGCGGCACGGCCGAGGAUUAUGUGGCUGCCGCCACCUUCCUGGUGGAUGCGGCGGUGGUGGCCUUCUCUCCGCUGGCUCGAUCGCCCUCCGGCGUCGGGAAGCGCUCGGCCAUGGGCUCCACCGGCUCGGCCUCCGCUCUGGGGAUUUCCGAGUCCAGUGUGCCGGCUGCCAGUGUCGUCGCUCCGCUGGCGUCGCAGCCACCGCCACAGCCGCAGCCCGUCAAUGUCGGCGCCCAUGGCGAAGAGGCCUUUGCCUUGAACCUAAGUGAGGAGGUGCUCCCGGCGCCGAUCCUUCCCCUGGACGAGUAUCGCCGCCAGCAUGAGGAGUCGCCCGUCCCGGCCCCCCUGCAAACCCUCUACAACACCAGCGAGGAGGGCCAAUUCUCGGUGGACCUGAGCAUGAUGGCCACCCCGGGCUCGGCUCCGGUGCCGGUGCCGAUGCCGGUGCCGAUGCCGGUGCCGGUGCCGGUUCCAGCCUCACUCCCGGCCAUGGGGCCGAUCCCGGUGCCGGCCCCCAUCCCGGCGCCCCUGUCCGUGGCGCACUUCAGCUGUCCCAACACUCCGGUUGGGCAACCGCUGCCAAGCCCGCUGGUUGCUGGCCCGGCUGGCGGGCUCCCCGCUUCGCUGCCCCCGCCGCUGGUCCUGUCGCCGUACAUCCAAGGGACCAACCCCACUCUGCCGCCGGGGCCCGGGUCCAUGGUGCCCUCCGGUGGGGCGCCUCUGCCGCCGGCACUGGCGCCGUCGGCCGACGCCGCUCUCCCCCCGCCGCUGCCGGUGGCCGGCGGCACGCUCCCUCGCCAGCCGACGCCGUUGACAGUCAACAGCGCCCUCGCGGACGCCGUGGCGGCCCCGGGCUUGGCAUCGCCGCUCCCUCCCCGUCCCCUGUCUCUGGUCAAUGUGGUGGUGCCAGUGUCGCCGGUCGCCGGGCCCAAGAGCCCGCUGAGCCCGGCCCCCCCUCCGCCGCCGCUCCUUGAUGACAAUGACUCUGGUGAUGCCCAUCUUCUCGACACGACGGUCAGCGCAUCGGACAUGGGCCCCAUCAGCACCGCCACCGCCGGGGCCGAUGAAGCCUCGCAAGCGGAAUCCCCCCUGUCGGCCAUGCUCCUGCACGAUAGCCCGGACCUCUUGGCCCAGCGCCUGGAGACCCUUGAGCAGCUCCUGUCGGACUAUCUGGCGGCCGAUGCGGCCUUGCUGGCUGCUGCUCCGCCGAACAUGCCGAUGAUUGACAGCUCCCUGCGGUGUCCCCUGUCGGGGGUUAUCUUCCGCGAGCCGAUUCUCGCGCCGGACGGCAUGAUCUACGAGUUCCUGGCCCUCGAGGGGUGGAUGCUGCGCACCCAGCGGCCAAUCUCCCCCCUUACCAAGCAGCCGAUGCUGCUGGACGCCUGUACCCCGGCCUACUUGCAGGCUCGGCUGGCGGCCGCUUGGCGCUUCCAAGCCCAGGACCAGACCAUGUCGGUGGCCGCGACGACACCGGCACACGACAGCACUGGCAGUGACCUCGACCAGGCACCUGCCGACAGAUCAUCGGUGCCCGACUUCCCGGAGGACGACAGCCUUCUGGCAGCCUAUGCCUCGGGAGCCGGGGAAAGUGAUGAUGACGUGGACUCCGACGCCACGGAAACCGGCCGACCGGCCGGCAGUUUGGACACCGACGUCGAGGACGACGAUCCCGACACCGAGGAGACCAUCGACCCGGUGGCAACCAUGGUGGCACCGGCCGACGAUGAGCCUCUCACUCCCCUGGAUGGCAGCCCGGCUGAUGUCAGCGCCUCCGACAUGUCAUAGAUUCUCUGGUGUUUUC